AUGCCCGUAUUCGAAUUGUCGGCUUCCAUCGGUGCCGUGGAGUCCAUUGAGAGUAAAGGGACCGAGAUCAUAUCGAUACCCUGGAAGAGCACCAACCCUAUGCCGGGCGAGGAAAUGAAGGCAACGAGUGCGCCGCCAAAUUGCCCGCUCGAUCUCAGUACCGGGCAGGAAGUCGACGCGAAUCGUGUUACGCUGAACAUGUCCUGGAAGAGACUUCAGUUUAAGCACGCGACGGCCAACAACGGAAGACGGAAAGGCUUGCAGCAACAUUAUGUUGUGCAGAUUAACCUCCUCGCAAGACCACAGUCGGGUGAUUGGGUCAAGGUUGCGGAGAUCGCGUCCAGCCCCGUCAUCGUCAGGGGGAGGAGCCCGAGAAAUUUUGACAGCAAAAAGGACAUACCCCUGACGGGAGAGAAGAAGUCUGGCGCACGGAGCAAUUCAGAUGCUUCCAUGCAGCAUAGAGACAGCAACGGGGGGCAGCCGCCACCGCUGCAGAGAUUGUCGUCAUCUGGGUCCAGUGUUCAGUACACCGGCGACUGGCCGACACCACAACCGUUGAAAGAGCAAAACACACAGCACUCGGCAAAGAGGCUAGCCAUGUCUCCAGGCAUCUCACGGCCACCAAUACCGUCCUGGUCCAACGAGCCCAGCAGGUCUAUGGGGCACGGAUUGCUAGCUAGUAGCAAUGCACGGCAGGGAGUGUCCGGCCCAAUCAAUCUUUCUCUAUCCGAAGACGAAAGGAGUCCGAACAGGUCAAGUGCGGAGCUGCAGAGUCCACGGUUUUCAAAGACGGCCGCUGCCACGAGACCGACAGCCAGUCAGAGCCCCAAGGAUGACGAGGAUAUGCUUUAUGAAUACUUUCCCCUCAGUGUGGACGACUGGAUGCCUCCAGUUGAAGCCGUGUAUCGGCCCCACAUUGUACACCACACCAUUGUGCCUGCUGAGCUCAAGGCUCAGCAGAUGCGGAGCAAGAUGAAGAGAUACUUCACGGCUGAGUCUUGAAGAACAGGGCACAUCUUUGUAUGGAAGGGUGUCACGAUGUAUUUUUUGUGGGGAAUCUGAGGUUGAGAUAUCCGGCGCGCCGUGCUCGCAUUAUCAUCUAUGUACCAUAUAAGCUGCUCCUGGCCACAGCCAUGCGCUAGGGUUGAUGAGAGGAGUGGGACAGGAAAGAGGCCUGAAGCUGAGACGGAUGCAGACAGUUGAAUACCCAUGACUAUUGAUUUCAAA